UGGCGCCACGAGGUGAUGGAGUACGCCUGUGGUUUCCGGCCGGGACACUUGCUAUAUGGACAGUGGGAAGAUGUCACAGAGACCAAGGAGGGACGACCCAGUGUCAAACAACGGCCAUUCUCUGUGACGAUAUGCACUGUGAACAACGCCUUACAUGAUUAUGAAAGCGCGGGGCUAUAUAAGGUCAAUCCGACACGUCCCCCAACACUACGAAGAUCUUCGACAGACAGAAACAAGAUGGACACCUUUUCGUUCGUAUUUGUGGUUGUGAUGACCUUGGUGACCCUUUGUGGAGGUCUACAAGACAUUUCACGGUACAGAGGAUAUAUUCAGACUGCUCAUAACGUGCUCCGAGCACGUGAACAGGCUGCGGACAUGCGCUAUAUGAACUACGACAUGGGUUUGGAGAGGCGAGCUGCGUCCUGGGCGAAUCGAUGUGUGUUUCGUCAUCAGAUGGGAGGCUUCGGGGAGAAUCUUGCGUUCAUUUCCAGCACUGGUCAAGCCGUGGAUGAUAUCUAUAGCAUCAAUAACGCCAUCAUGAACUGGUAUGGUGAGAGGAGGCUGUGGCGAGGAGGGACCGGUCACUGUGGCGCCGCCUGUCAUUACACACAGAUGGUGUGGUCACGUACUUCACGACUAGGAUGUGCCUUAAACCUCUGCGCUGUCUUACCUGAUGGAAAUGGUCGUGUGUAUCGGAAUGCGAAAUAUUUCGUCUGUUUCUAUUCCCCUAUGGGUAACUGGGUAGGUGAGCCUGCGUUCUUAAGAGGUCCACCCUGUUCGAGGUGUCCCGCCAGUAACUCCUGUUUAAAUGGAUUAUGUGCCGGUCCAGACAGCAACAUAAGAGGACGAAGGAGUGCUGAUGACUGUGUUUCUAAUAAUGGUACCGACACCUGUCACUGAACUCCGGAAUGAAGACUACAAGAUACUGCGUUUGACACAAAACUUGUGCAUGCAAGAUUCCAUCAGUUGGACGAAGAAUUCCUGAGUAAUGCGAAACAGAACCAUCUCACUGCCAAUCGGAUUGUUAACUUGCCUACCUAUAUUACAAUCAUUCCUUGUAUAACAUUAUCAUCAUUACUAUCAAAUUGUCAUAUUGUGUUCAUAUUCAUUUUUAAAUAAUUGGAAAAUCAAAGAAUCCUGUCAAUUUUCCUGUAUCUUUCUCGUAUCAUAAAUAAACAUUUUUAUCGACUUUA